ACCAAAAUUUAUUUAGUUGGUAAGAACAAAUAAAUAAAAAAGUUUAGAAGACCCUUAAUUAAGCACUGGAGUGGCUACUUAGUUGUUCUUACAUGAUGGUUGUAAUCCGGCCGUGACGGAAAACCAAGGAGUCUCAUCUCUAAAUUCCACCAUUUCCGUUUCAGAAUUCUUUUUGGUAGAAAAUACAAAUAAAGUGAAGCUCAGAAUCGGAACCAACCUAUCUUUCUUCGCUAGGUCACUCUUUCCAUCUUCGUCUUCUCUAACCAUUCGGAAAUUGAGGCGGCGGCUUCCCUGAGUCCCCUCCAUCUCAGCCCUCACCAAAUACGCCCCAUCCCCAGUCCUCCGCUCCUCUCCGUGAGUCCAUGACCCAGUCCCCAGUCCGUCGCCUUUGCAGAGCAGCUCCCCGACCGGCAUAAAAGAAGCUAGUGCAUUUGGAGCUUGGAAGAAAGUAAGGAGUAGAUGAAAAACCAAGAAACUUAUGUGCCCCCCUCUUAUGUUCCCCUGGGGCAGUCAGAUUCCGAAGCAGAUGUUGUUCCGCAAAAUAUAGAUCCUGCCUUUCAUCACCCUGUCACUGAGGGGUCAUUACAAUGGUCUUCUGGAAUCUGUGCAUGUUGCGAUGAUAUGCAGAGCUGCUGCAUAGGAUUAUUUUUUCCUUGCUUUCUUUUCGGGAAGAAUGCUGAAUUUCUGGGAUCUGGAACUUUAAUUGGAUCAUGCACAACCCAUUUUAUAUUGUGCGGACUAGCCAGUACUGUCUGCUGCCUAUUGACUGAUGGCCUUUUGUUGGGUUUGCCUGCGUGCUUUGUUCCGUGUUAUGCAUGUGGCUACCGCAGGGCCUUAAGGUCAAAGUAUAAUCUGCAGGAAGCGCCAUGUGGAGACUAUGUCACCCAUCUUUUCUGCCAUCUGUGUGCUAAUUGUCAAGAAUAUAGGGAGAUUCGAGAGAGAGCUGGUUCCAGUACUCCUGAUCUUAACCUGGCCGUUGUUACAGCUCCUCCGGUCCAGACGAUGUUUUCAGUCUCCGAGAAUAACACAAAUGCUUAGAUACUAAGAUCAGCAUUUUGUCUUUGGAUUGUAUGAUUUCAUCAUGUAUUUAUAUGGCUCAUCGAAAUCUGUACGAUAGGGUAAUUUUCAGUUACUUCUGCCCUUAGAUUCGAACUAUAUAAAAGUUAUUGAAUGAGUUGAGUUAGCAGAACUCAUCAUAGCCCAAUAUUUGAGUUUAGACAUCAUUUCUCCAGUUCUACUGUAAGAUGUAAUAACACACACUGUGCCCUUUAUGUGAAACUUAUAAAGCAUGUUUUUUAAAGAUUGGCGAAUUGAGCUUGGAA